UCUCUGCUUGACCCAAAGCGGCUUCCGGAGUAUUACGUCACUGAAACACGUGAUCACAACACGGUUUUUGCCGCGAAAGUGCUCGCUGUUCCAGCUGAGGCGGACUCGCUCGAGGCGGAGUGAACGGUGAAGUUCUGGUUCUGUGCUCGGGGUGAGGAGGCCCAGGAUGUUCUGUGAGAACGCCAUCGACCUGAUCAGAGAGCUGCAGCGGGUCAGCGACGGACAGCUGCCCGCGUUUAACGAGGACGGACUGCGGCAGGUUCUGCAGGAAAUGGAAUCCCUGUACGAACAGAACCAGGCUGAUGUGAACGAAGCCAAGGCCGACGGUCGAGCUGAGCUCAUUCCCUCCAUCAAGCUACGUCACUGCUGCCUGCUGAGGAACCAGCGCUGCGUCACCGCCUACCUGUACGACCGGCUGCUGAGGAUCAGGGCGCUGCGAUGGGAGUACGGCAGCGUGCUCCCCGCCAACAUUCGCUUCCAUAUGUGUGCAGAGGAGGUGCAGUGGUUUAGUCAGUAUAAAAAGUCUCUGGCUUCCUUCAUGCGGUCCGUCGGGGGAGAGGAGGGUCUGGACAUCACGCAGGACAUGAAACCGCCAAAGAGCCUUUACAUCCAGGUGAGGUGCCUGAAGGACCACGGAGAGUUUGAAAUCGACGAUGGAACGGUGAUCCUGCUGAAGAAGAACAGCCAGCAUUUCCUGCCGCGGUGGAAAUGUGAGCAGCUGAUUCGUCAGGGCAUCCUGGAGCACGUGAUGUCAUGAACACCUGAGAAGGACGCAGGUGUCUACCACCUGCAGAUGUUUGUUUUGCCAACAGCUGGUCGUCAUGUUUAACAAUAAAUGAGUUUUUUU